CACCAAGAUAGUAUCGAAAAAGCAUACAACAUGAAAAAUGAUGAUUCCUUCAAGAAGCCCGGAUCCAUUCCCUUCAAAUGGGAGAUCCGACCCGGAGUCCCCAAGCCCCAAACACAGCCGGGUCGUCGCCUGCUUGAAUCCGGAUCCGAAAAGCAGCACCAGAGGAAGCAAAAGGUAGCAAGCAUUCAAGAAACACCAAGAAAGCUCAAACCGCCACCAGCCGGGUUAUGCUUCCAGCCCCCCAUGGAGCCCCAAACCCGAACCCGCUCCAUCCGAUCAUCACCACGCACACUAUCGGAUCGGAUCGGGUCGCCACGCACAUUGCUUCUUGCCCGACCCGACGUGGUUAUCACGGCCGGGUGCUUCCCAUCGCCCCGGAAACCGAAGAAUGUGAAGGGGGCUAGAUCCGUACCCGAAUCCGAUUACUAUUCGGAUCUUGAGGUCUCGUCGCGGUGGUCCUUUUCGAGUAGGAAAACAGUCCCAACGUCGUCUCCUUCCAUCCACGGGUCAUCGCCCCGACCCGUUUCCGAUGCUGAAUGGGCAGGAUUCGGGUUAUUUUAGAAUCCAAUGGAUCAUCGUUAAUAACAGAAGAAGCACUAUAUAUCGUUUGCUCAAUGUGUUUUAAAUAUCCAUGCAAUCACACAAUCAUAUACUACAUCCAAGUGUGUGAAAUGGAGAACAAAUAUUACUUAAUUCAUACCUUCUUGACAUUUAAUGCA